AUGAAGCUGCUGAGGCGGAGGGAUGUCCCGCGAACGCUGCUGCUGCUGCUGCUGCGAGCGCUGGGCACCACCACCGCCGCUCCGCUGCUGGGUACCACCCCGACCAGCUCCACCCACUCCACCACCACCGCCUCCUCCGUUGCCUCCUCCGCCGCCUCCACCUCCGCCGCUGCCACCACCACCACCGCUGCCACCACCACCGCCGCCUCCGCAGCUGCUGCCACCACCACCACCACCCCCGCCACCACUCCCGCCGCCACCCCCACUCCCUCCGCCGCCUCCGCCGCCACCGCCACCGCCCCCUCCAGCUCCACCCGCACCCUUGCCCCCCUUGCCCUUGCCAGAGCGGCGUCUCCCACUAGGGGCAGACGCCGCGCCGACCGACUCAAGACCAAGCAGGUCGGCAGCAGCAGCAGCAGAGGCAACAGAGGGCAGCAAGGGGGAAGGAGAGCACCCCUCAAAGAUGGGGGUGGCGACGCACAGCAAGACGUGCAGCAGCAUCGCGGGUGGCCCACUGAGAGCGCACAGUGGGAUCAGCAUCAGCAGCUGGAGCAGGAGAGGCGCCAGAGGUAA